CCCACUAUAUAGAUUAUUUAUUGAUAAUUGCCAAAUAUCACCAACAAGACAAGUGUCGGCCGAUCAAGUUAUGUAUGAGAAAUCUCCCUUUGCAGCAUAAUUAUUCACAGUCGGAGACAGGCAAACACACACAUAAAUAAACUGUGAUUGGUUUGUCCUUGUUCUUUCUUCAUCUUCUCUUAUCAAAAGCAAAUACUUUAAAGUGAGGGGGAGAGAGCGAGGGCAGCCAAGCUUAGAGAAGGAAGGGGAGUGGUUUUGCAAGCUUGGAAGAGUGGUUUUGUAACUAUUAAAGUUGUUUGCUUUACGGGUUUAGAUCUUGGGAUCGUUACACACACACAUAGUAACGGGUGGUUUAGGAGGGGGAAAAGCUUGAGCCUUUGUUUUGUAAAGUGUUAUUUAACGGAUUGUUAGUAAUAAUUGUUGUGAUUAUUGAGUUUUAUUGUGGUGAUUCAAGUGUAUAUAACGAGGUAAAUUAAGGGUACGGAGACGGAGGCUUUAUCGUGUAGACUUUGAAUUCUUUUGGCGGCUAUCGUUUCGUUGUUGACUUGUGAGUUUUUGGCUCAAAAAUUAUGGCGGCGAAUUUGGGGAGGUCUUUUUCCCAAGCUAAUACUGAAGGUUGUGGUGGCGGGGAUGUUCUGUAUACUGAGCUGUGGAAGGCUUGUGCGGGACCACUUGUGGAUGUUCCUCGAAAUGGGGAGAGAGUGUACUAUUUUCCACAGAGUCACAUGGAACAGUUGGAGGCAUCAACAAAUCAGGAGCUGAAUCAGAGUGUUCCCUUGUUCAAUCUGCCGUCCAAGAUCCUCUGUAGGGUCAUUAAUGUUCAACUGCUGGCGGAGCAAGAGACAGAUGAAGUUUAUGCACAAAUUACUUUGCUUCCAGAACCCGAUCAACCUGAGCCUACAUGUCCUGAUCCAUGCCCACCUGAGUCUUCACUAUGUCCAACAGUUCACUCUUUCUGCAAGGUGUUAACCGUCUCUGAUACAAGCACUCAUGGGGGGUUUUCUGUUCUUCGAAAGCAUGCUACUGAAUGCCUUCCGCAGUUGGACAUGACCCAACCAACGCCAACACAAGAGUUGGUGGCCAAGGAUCUUCAUGGUUAUGAAUGGCGGUUUAAGCAUAUUUUCAGAGGGCAACCACGGAGGCACUUGCUUACAACAGGGUGGAGUACAUUUGUUGCGUCUAAGAGAUUAGUUGCUGGGGAUUCAUUUGUUUUCCUCAGGGGGGAGAAUGGAGAGUUGCGUGUUGGGGUGAGACGUCUUACUUGUCAACAAAGCAGCAUGCCAUCAUCUGUGAUUUCAAGUCAAAGCAUGCACCUAGGAGUGCUAGCAACAGCAUCUCAUGCUGUUGCCACUCAAACUCUUUUCGUGGUCUAUUACAAGCCAAGGACAAGCCAGUUCAUUAUAAGCGUGAACAAAUAUCUAGAGGCUGUUAACAAUAAGUUUGCUGUUGGCAUGAGAUUCAAGAUGAGAUUUGAAGGCGAGGAUUCUCCUGAGAGAAGGUUUUCUGGUACAAUUGUUGGAGUUGAAGAUUUUUCUCCUCACUGGGUUGAUUCGAAAUGGCGCCAAUUGAAAGUUCAAUGGGAUGAACCUGCAUCCAUUCUAAGGCCUGAAAGGGUUUCACCAUGGGAAAUAGAACCAUUUGUGUCUUCAGCACCAACAAAUAUGGCUCAACCAGUAGCAGUGAAAAACAAAAGGCCCCGGCCGCCCAUUGAAAUUCCCACCCUUGAUUUAUCUUCAACUGCAUCACAACCAUGGAAUUCUCCAUUGACGCAGUCCCACUAUUUAACACAAUUGAAUGGUACUGCUGAAGGCAAAAGAAAUGAGAAUCAUUUCAUGUGGCAUCACAAGCAGACCGGUAUUAACAGCCAUACCAACUCUAUCUCAAGGUCUCCAACUGAGGGGGGUUGGUUAUCUUCUCCUCAUGUGAAUGUUUCUCGGCAUCUGUUUCAGGAAGCAACUGAGGAUAGUAAAAGUGUCUCCAACUGCCCUGUCAUCUCAGGCUAUUCAACUCCUCAGUCUGCAAAGUUGAAGAAUGACUCGAUCCUUGACCCUGUGGAGAAAGGGAGGAAAUAUGAGGCGGCUACUAGUUAUCGAUUAUUUGGCAUUGAGCUCAUAAAUCGUUCUACAAGCUCUCUUCCUGUUGAGAUUGAGAAGGCACCUGCACAACUAGUUAGCAUAUCUGUUGGCCCCACUGAGGGGCAUGUUCUGAGUACACUCUCAGCAGUUGAUUCUGAUAAAAAAUCUGAUGUGUCCAAAGAAAAGAAACCAGAACAAUUACAAGUAUCACCAAAAGAUGUUCAGAGCAGGCAAAGUUGUUCUGCUUCCACAAGAAGUCGCACCAAGGUUCAAAUGCAGGGGGUUGCUGUCGGUCGGGCCAUAGACUUGACCAUGAUGAAAGGGUAUGAUCAGCUCUUAGAUGAGCUGGAGGAGAUGUUCGACAUUAAGGGACAGCUUCACUGUCAUAAGUGGGAAAUUGUCUACACUGAUGAUGAAGGGGAUAUGAUGCUUGUUGGUGAUGAUCCAUGGCUUGAAUUCUGUAACAUGGUUAGAAGAAUCUUUAUAUGCUCGAGUCAAGAUCUGAAGAAGAUGACUCCUGGAAGCAAACUCCCUAUGUUUUCCAUUGAAGGUGAAGGGACUGUAAUAAGCUCAGAUUCAGCUGAUAACUGAGACAUGGGGCUAAUCCUUUGUGCCUGUUUCAUUUUUGGCCUUUUGUUUUUAAUUUUCUGCUUGCUGUUGCUGUUUGUUUGUUGGCAUGGUAGGCUUUGGUUUGUAGUUGGAGAACGGUUGGAGAGUAUUAACACUGGUUAAUUGGCAAGUCUCAGUUUUUUAGAGCUAACUAGGAAAGGAGACUAUGAAAGAUAUUAUUGACUGGGUUCAAAGGAGUGGUGGGAAUUUAGAGCAAGCCUGUACAUUUUUUGUUAUUUGGUGGUAGUUGGUAUUUUGGACUAUAUAUUUGUGUAUGUAAAUAUUUAAUGUAAUGUUGGAUAGUAUGUGAAAAUUUUAAUGCAAGAAAUGUCAUGCCAGCUCCAUUGUCCA